UCGCGCUGAGUAGAUGAUGCUGAAAUCAGAUCGACGAGUAAACAAACAGGUGUUGAGCGCUAGUGGGUGAAUAAAACGACUUUGUCUUAAUUGCGCCAUCCUCAGGAAAAAUAAGGCUUAAGAGAGUAACUGGUGUCAUACGUUCUCAGCUAGUAUGGCUGCCGACUCCACCAUGAGAUCUGAAGUGGAGGAGCUGCAGAGGAGGGCCAAUCAGGUGACGGAUGAGUCCCUUGAGAUCACUAGAAACAUGAAGCUCCUGUUGGAGGAGAGUAAAGAUGCAGGAAUCAAGACACUUGUUAUGCUGGACGAGCAGGGAGAGCAACUGGACCGUGUAGAAGAGGGCCUGGACCAGAUCAGCAAGGACAUGAAGGAGGCUGAGAAAAAUCUCACUGACAUGGCCAGGUGUUGUGGUCUGUGCAUCUGGCCAUGUACAAAACUAAAGGACUUUGAAGCAAGUGGGGCGUAUAAGAAGGUUUGGGGUAAUAAUCAAGAUGGGGUGGUGUCUAGCCAGCCCUCUUCUCGAGUUUUGGAUGAUAGAGAGAAGAUGACCAUGAGCGGUGGAUAUAUUAGAAGAGUGACAAACGAUGUAAAGGAGGAUGAAAUGGAGGAAAACUUGGCACAAGUCGGUAGUAUCCUUGGCAACCUCAGAAGCAUGGCACUUGACAUGGGCAAUGAAAUCGACACCCAGAACAUCCAGACUGAACGCAUACAGAGCAAGGCCGUGGUCAAUGAAUCCCGCAUCAGUGAGGCCAAUCAGAGAGCCACAAAGCUAAUAGCUAGAUAAAACCAUGGGAUUUUCCUUUGUUGAACACAUUUACAGCCUUCUGUAGAAAUUUUUUUGCACAUAUUGAUAAAAAAAUAUUAAGUUGCUCUUAUUUUAAAUGACCAUUUACAGAAUUUGGAUUACUGCCUGAUAUCAGUAAGUUAUUAUUAUUAUAGUUAUUAUUGUUCUACUUCAAUAUGUCAAGGAAAAAUAAUGAAUGCUAAUAUGUUGUUUCAAGUCUGUGCUGUAAUUGUAAUUUAAUCUGUAUAGAAACAGCACUGCUAUCUUUGUUUUUUAAGCCUGCAGGAGAUUUUGAAAACUGUCACUUGAAAACUGUGAAUAGUCUAAGCCCAUUUGGAGGGCAAAACAAGACAGUGAUAUUUAAAGGGCAAAUUCAGUACACACCUUAAUGAUGAUACAGACUUAGCACAGGCAAGCAGAUGAAACCACAAUAUAAACGCAAUGCGUGAAGUUUCACAUUAAAUGUUUUUCCAUGAAAAAACAUUAUAAAGAAGACACUUGACCAUUUAGAACCUUGCGUUCCUAUUGCACACUCAUCUGCUUGCAUGUAUAAAGCAUUCAUCAUCAAUAAAGUGUAUAUUGAAUUUGAUCUUGAAAUUGUUUUCACAUUAGACUUUUUAAUCACAGUUUUUAAUUGAAACAUUGUUUUAUAUGUAUCUCAAAUGGCCAAAACUUGCAUUUUUGUUUGCAUAUCUUUGUUUCAUCCUUCUGAGAGAUGGUCUAAAUAUCUGUGGAUUGGAAACAAAUGGAAAAUUGACAGGCUUGUGCUGCACUUCUAUGGAUGGU